AUGUCUUCUCGCAAGCCAGCCGAUGUGGCGUCGAAGGAACGCAACGAAUACAUCCCGUCCUUCAUCUCGAAGAAGCCGUUCUACAUCGACGACGACCAGGACACCGACUACCUCGAGCAUCAACGUCUACACAAAACUACUCAGGAUCAGUCAAAAUGGUACGACCGAGGAAAGCGCGCAGGCCCGGCCGCGACCAAGUACCGAAAAGGCGCAUGCGAAAACUGCGGUGCAAUGACACACAAAGUCAAGGACUGCCUAAGUCGCCCGCGAAAGCAAGGCGCCAGAUGGACUGGCAAAGAUAUCCAGGCCGAUGAAGUGCUUCAGAAGGUAGACAUGGGAUGGGAUGCCAAGCGAGACAGGUGGAAUGGUUAUGACGCCAGUGAAUUUCGCAAAGUUGUCGACGAUUACGCAGAGAAGGAGACCGUCCAGCGUUCAUUGAAAGAAAGCCACGAUCUUAAAAAACUCAUGGACGCGGAGGAGGGCGAUGGUGACCAAGAGGAUAUUCGUUAUGCUGAAGAAUCCGACAUGGGUCGUCAACAGAGCACCGCCACGCGCAACCUUCGUAUUCGCGAGGAUACCGCCAAAUAUCUCCUGAAUCUUGAUCUUGAUUCCGCUAAGUACGAUCCCAAAACACGACGAAUGGUGGACAUGGGUGCGCAAGAAGACCAGGCGUCUGCAUUAGUCGCAGAGGAGAACUUCGUCCGGGCUUCUGGCGAUGCAGCCGAAUUUGAGAAAGCGCAGCAGUAUGCAUGGGAAUCUCAAGAGAAAGGUCUUCCCCAGAUUCACCUACAAGCCAACCCGACAUCAGGCGAGGUCCUGCGGAAGAAAGAAAGGGAGGAGAGUGAAGCCAAGCGCGAGGCGCAGCGCAAGGCUCUCUUGGAGAAGUACGGAGGCAGUGAGCAUUUGCAGCCGAAUACACUACGCGAUGCCGCUGUCGUCGAAAACGAGCGUUUUGUGGAAUACGAUGAGAGUGGUGCGAUCAAGGGUGCCCCCAAGAAUGCUACCAAGUCCAAGUAUCCCGAGGAUAUCAAGAUCAACAACCAUACAUCAGUAUGGGGCAGUUGGUGGUAUGAUUUCCAAUGGGGCUAUGCUUGCUGUUUCUCUACUGUAAAGAACAGUUAUUGCACUGGUGAAGACGGGAAAAAGGCAUUUGAAGAAGAGGGCAACAUGUUGAUGAUUGAGGAAGCAGAUGGCAACCAAGAUGAGCCAUCACAAGAAGUUGAAGAUCGUCAGCCCGAAUCUACAAGCCGUCAGGGUCAACAGGAUGACGCGGGAGCUAAUGGGAAAAAGCGAACAUUGGAGGAACUGCGAUCUGGGAUUACAGAGGAGGAAAUCGAUUCUUAUAAGCGGAGUCGACUCUCCGCUGAUGAUCCGAUGGCCAAAUUCAUUGGCAAGGACUGA